ACCUCCCCGCUCCCCGCCCACCGAGGUCCUCUCUGCCACGCCCAGGCCUUGUUAAGGAAGGAAGGCCCCCCGGGAAGUCUCUAGCUCAAAGUCAAAACAUUCACCCCGGCCGGAGACCCCCGGUUUCCCAGGACGCUCUUCUGGGCUGCUGCGUGUAAAACCGUCUAGGGGAAAGUGCGAUUCUCAUCAAGGAUGGUUUUCCUGUCGCUAUUUGCAUGUCAGGAAAUUAAUGUUUUUCCUUGGGGCACAUUAGCAAUGGCUAUGCGUUGAAGUCAUGCAACAUUUCCCUCCUCCCUAAAUUGUUCUAAGCUGUGGACCGCGGGAAGAUGGAGCGCCUCUCUUCCAGUGUGAUUCUGAUCAUGGCCAUUUCCAACGCGCUGGACCUGGGAUUCGCGCUGGACCUAGGAUUCGCUGCUGGCUCGGACCCCCAUCGGGAGCUUGCACGCCAGCCCCGGGGGCACCUGGCUUCCAGGAGGAGCAGCAGCCAGUCCCAGGAGGAGCCUGCGGUCCGGCCCCGGUCGUCCCACUUCGUGUCCUCCAUGCGGAUCCAGGACAGUAAGCAGCAAAACAAAAGCUGCUGUCUGAACGGCGGAACCUGCAUGCUGGGGUCCUUUUGUGCCUGCCCGCCCUCCUUCUCCGGCCGGAACUGCGAAGUGCACAGGCUGAACUGUGGGCGCGUUCCCCACGACACCUGGCUGCCCAAGAGGUGCUCCAUGUGCAAGUGCUGGCAAGGCGAGCUGCACUGCUUCUCCCAGCCCUUUCUGCCUGGCUGUGAAGGCCGCGUGGUGGACAAGCACCCCCUGGCUGCCAGGACUCCAGCAUCCUCGCCAGCGGUGUGUCCCACUUGUAUGCUAGCUGGCAUCUGCCUCGCUAUACAGAGUUCCUAUUAAUCGACAUUUGCCUCGUCUGGAAACACAAGUUUAGGUGUCACACACGUCACCACCACUAACAGGCUGCUGCUCCAGCAUCCUAUCUGGAAGAUGAUCAUUUGUUAGUUACCGUCAGAUACUAAAUACAUUUCCAUGAUGAUCCCUAACACUGCCCUCCACUCCAAACUGCUUUACAAAAAAGCCAACCCUACCUACACUGU